CCGUUGCUCCUUCCCCCCCCCCCCCUCCUCGAGCAUGAGCGGCUACUACCCCGACAGUCACGAGGCUGACAUCUGGGCCACGACCACGGCCACGGCUGCGCCGCCGUACAACCCCGCCACCGACCCCAACAUCAGCACCAGCGCCUUCGAUCCGUAUGCGGCUGAUUUCAACCCGUGGCUGGGCACCGAGCAGGCCCGGCCGGCCAGCUCGGUCUACGGCCACGAUGACCUCUCCCCUUUCGACGCCUAUCCCGCACAGCCACCUCCGGCGGCGCCGGUUCCCACAUCGGCGGCCAGUCCCGCUCCAGUGGCCGACCCAGGCACGCCGUACUUCCUGACGGUUGGCGCGGCGCCCGUCAGCCCCAUCGCCGAGCCCGGCUACCCCGCGCAGCCCGCCCCACAGCAGCACCUCUUCAUGGCCGGUACCGCUCGGUCUCCAGGUCCCGAGGUGCCGGUCGAGCCAACCCCGGCCGCGGCAUCUGGCCUCACCAUGGACAUGGUCCUGGCCGGGCACCAUGGCGGCAAGCCCCUGGAGAUUGAUGAGGAGGGGUCCCCGCUGGGCGAAACCACGCAGCACCUGAUUGCCAUCAACCGGUCGACCAAAACCUCUCGCCUGGGCAUGGAAGUUCGCGCCACCAAGCGCAAGGGCGCGCUGGUGCUGAAGGUCUCCAGCGGUGGUAUGGCCGCCCUGAGUGGCAUUCAAAAGCUGGAUCGGAUCAUCCAGAUCGACGGCCAGAGCAUCGUCGGCUGGGACCAUGCACGGGUGACCAGCACCCUCCGCGCUGGCAAGUUCGAGGAGCUGCUUGUUGAGCGUUGCCGGAUUGAGGACGUUGCUGUCGCCCCGGCGCCCUUCUACGCCAAGGGCCAGAAGCCGCCCAAGAAGAAGUGAGCCCGGUCGGCAUGCGCCUGCCCUUUCCUUACACAUAGCUCUGCUGGCCAGCGCACGAUGUGCCUUCCAUUCUGUCCACCGCUCCAGUGUGAUACAUUCCAUGUUUUCCCAAGCCACGGGCUCGGUGUCAUCACCCCCCCC